AUGGCGUGGAAUUCAAGCUUCCUCGUUCUAAUGGCCUCUUUGUAUCUCAUGAACCUCGCUAUUGCUAAAAAUCCGUGCAAGACAAAAGUUAGCGUACCUGGAAUGGCUCUCAAAGGAUUCGUCUUUAAAAAGGUCCCAGUAACAGCUCCUCAUGUGUGCGAUAUCACCUGCGAGAGGGAAACGAUAUGUCAAAGCUACAACUAUGUAAUUGGCGAAAAGUCUUGUGAAUUGAACUCCCGAACCAAGGAAGCAAGGCCCGAGAAUUUCCAGCCAGAUGAUUUACGCCUUUACAUGGGACACAUUAGUGGUAGAACCCCCUUAGGGUCUAUUCCCGAACUAACAGCGUUAUCGUGCCAAGAAAUAAAAUUAAGUGAAGGUAAAGACAGCAUCAGUAAAAAGUAUUGGUUGGAUCCAGCUAAUGUCGGGAGUUCAGAGUUGGUUUACUGCGACAUGAUUUUGGAAGACAUCGAUGAAUGCAAAGGCAGCAAUAACGUUAAUUGUGACGAAAAUGCAAACUGCUCCAAUACUGUUGGGUCUUAUAAUUGCACCUGCAAAGACGGAUUUACUGGGGAUGGUCACUCGUGCUCAGAUAUUGACGAGUGUAAAGGAAAUCACUCCUGUCACGUGAAUUCUAAGUGCAAUAACACUCUUGGAUCACAUAUAUGUGAAUGUCAGCCUGGAUAUACUGGGAAUGGACGAAACUGCACAGAUAUUAACGAGUGUAAAGGAAAUCACUCUUGUCACGUGAAUGCUAUAUGCAUGAACACCAAAGGAUCUCAUGUUUGUACUUGUCACCCCGGAUAUACUGGAAAUGGAAGCGACUGCACAGAUAUCAACGAGUGCAAAGGAAAUCACUCUUGUGACGUGAAUGCUACAUGCAUGAACACCCUUGGAUCACAUUCAUGUCAAUGUCAUGCUGGAUAUACUGGAAAUGGACAAAACUGCUCAGAUAUUGACGAAUGUAAAGGAAAUCACUCUUGUCACGUGAAUGCUACCUGCACGAACACCAACGGAUCCUAUCUUUGUGAAUGCCACCCUGGAUUUAAUGGAAAUGGUCAAAGCUGCACAG